UGCCACUCGGGUUAUUUCCUCUGGGCUCAGCUGCAGCCUGCAGAGCUCUGCAAAGGGGAGGGGUUUCUUCGCUCCCUCCCUCCCGAGGGGGGUCCUGCCCCAGCCCCAGCCCCAGCGAUGGGACGGGAGUCAGGACCAGCCCGGGGCCGGUUUAAUUGAAAGCAAACCGUGGCGGCUCCACGCGAGGCGAGAGCGCUGGCAGGAUGCCCCGGGCUGGCGCCCCCGCUCCCAGCUGUCAGUGAAGGAGCGAAGCUUUGCGGCCGGGAUGUUCAGCUGGCACAGGAGCUUCACCCUGGGAGCGCCCUGGAGACAAGCAGGCAAGAAGAACCCACCAUCCAAGGGCAAGGUAGUGCUAACCAACAUGAAGAUACUGAGCAACGAAGAGAGUCAAACCCAGGGGUUGACAGGAAAGCCACCUGCAGCCAUGGACUUUGCAGAGGAAUCCAGGCUUCCCAAAGUUGAAAUCCCAUUAGAAUGCCAGGGAAAUCUGGGCACAAGAGACACCUCUUCAAAACCAGACUAUGUGGCCACCCUGUCUGACCUCAGCACCUUAGAGUCCAAGUGCCAGCUUCACAGAUUCUCCAAAUUUGAAUCAGAGGAUUCUGGGGUUGAAUUGCCAAGUGGAGCCAAUUCUCCGUCUACACCAACAGGCUCAGAGAAGAGCUUUGUGCUUCACACCAGAGACUCAUCUUGUGACUCUGGAGUGCUCAGCACCUCUUCUUCUCCGGGAAUUGACCAUGUCAUAAUGAGAAAGUGUAAAGACAUCAGAGAAACCAGCCAGUGUGCUUCAGAUAGUGAAAAGCAAGUUGAAUAUUACAGCCAGGCAGCAGACGUGGUGCAGAUCCCUACAGCUUCCCUGGAAGAUUUCAGUGACUGUCAAGAGGGAGAAAGUCCUAAUAAACUUUUUGGCCAAAGUGAAGGACAAUAUUUUGAAGAGAAACCCAGGAAAGAGAUAGACCUUUCCAUUAAAGAAACUCCUCCAGCUGCUGCCCACAUAGAAGAGCAAAGGCCAAUCACCAACCGUUACAAAGAGACCUUUGGGAGGAUGCAAGAACUUCAGCUCCAUGGACAUCAGCUCAAAAAGUAUCCCACGAGCGACAGCCUGGAUGAGUACAUGGAUGAGUGCUGUCGAUUAAGUGAGGUGAACCAAGGGAACACCAAGGCUCUCGGCUCUGGUCUGGGGUAUCUGGAACACAUCUGUCAGCUGAUAGAGAAAAUUGGGCAGCUGCAGGAGCACAAUCUGCGACUCCAAAAGCAAGUGUGCGGUUUGCAGAAGGAGCAGAAGAUGAGCCAGAUAAAGGAGGAGUAUUUUCUGCAGCACUGUUCCUGUGGAGCUGCCAGCAUCUUGCUCAAUUCAUACCAGGAGGUGAAGAAAUUUUUUACUGAGAGGAGCAGACCGCACAGUCUCUUGGUUCAGAGUGGAAACCAGUCCGACCUUUCGAUCAUCCCAGAAAGAGGAAGUGACACACACCUGGAAUCAGGAGAUAGACAGCUGGUGCUGGGGCUCAGGAAGACCUGGAGUAAAAGGAGCAAUGAGGAGAACGACCUCAGAGAUGCCUAUAAUCUGACUGAUGGCCGAGCUUUCCUGCUAAAAGACCCAAUGACGAAAAAGGGGGCUGAUCUCGGCAAGAGUAUCCUAGGUGAAAGCCACGCUUGGGGCAGAAUGAGGGAUCUCAUGAAGAAGACCAGGCUGAGGAACCAGAGCAAGUUGGGGCUGUCAUCGGCAGCUCUGAAGAGGUCCUGCCCACAGCUCUACAGGCCAGAUGUUAAGACUUCGGAUCGGAGGAAGAUGGAGAGGAACUCCAUGAUUGUUCUGGGACAAAGCACAAAGAAUGAAAACAUCUGGCCUUUCUGAGCAUCUGAAUCCAAUGGACCAAGAUAAAAGAGUUAUCAGGGAGGAGGCUUUUUCCUUCCUCCAGCAGAGAAGUGAGUUUGCAUCCCAUUACCAAGCUAUGUUUCCAUGGGCAAAGACUUGGGUAAGGUCUGAUUGCUGUAAGUAGCCCCAGUAACUAAGCCCAUGGAACUACUGUCAUUUACAAGAGCUGAGGAUAUGGCCCAUGUAUAUUUAUUGUAAAAUGAAGACUAAUUUGGGGUAAAACUAUCUAGAUUUUUAAGGCCCAAAAGGAACAACAGGUAGUGAUCAAUGUCUAGUUGCCCCAGGGGGUCUGUCAUGGGGCCGGUUUUGUUCAACAUCUUCAUUAAUGAUCUGGAUGAUGGGAUGGAUUGCACCCUCAGCAAGUUCACGUAUGACACUAAGCUGGGGGGAGAAGUAGAUUCG